GAGAGGAGAGAGGAGAGAGAGAGAGAGAGAGAGAGAGAAAGAGAGAGGUUAGAGAGAGAGAGAGAGAGGGAGAGGAGAGAGAGAGAGAGAGAGAGAGAGAGAGAGAGAGAGAAAGAAAGAGAGAGAAAGAGAGGCAGAGAGAGAGAGGCAGGUUAGAGAGAGAGAAAGAGAGACAGAGAGAGAGAGAGAGAGAGAGAGAGAGAGAGAGAGAGAGAGAGAGAGAGAGAGAGGGGGCAGGUUAGAGAGAGAGAGAGGCAGAGAGAGAAAGAGAGAGAGGUAGGUUAGAGAGAGAGAGGCAGGUUAGAGAGAGAGAGAGAGAGAGAGAGGCAGGUUAGAGAGAGAGAGAGAGGCAGGUUAGAG